AUGCCUAGGCAAAUGCAAUCUCUCAACCAUCAAAAUCACCACCACCUUCAAUACUACUAUCUCCUCCUUUUGCUCGCUGUUUUAUCGCAAGCUGUGGCAGAAGCCGCUAGUAAUGAAGUUGUUGUUCUGUUUUCUUGGCUUCAAACCUCUCCUUCACCACCUUCUUCCUUCUCAGACUGGAAUUCUUUAGACUCUAAUCCUUGUAACUGGUCCUACAUUAAAUGUUCUACUGAUAAUUUUGUAACAGAAAUCAACAUUCAAUCCAUCCAGCUUGCCACUCCAUUUCCUUCCAACCUUUCCUCUCUCCGAUCCCUCCGCACUCUUAUCAUUUCUGGUGCUAAUCUAACUGGGACUAUCCCACUUGAGAUUGGAGAUUGCACUUCCCUUAGAACUAUUGAUAUCAGUUCAAACAGUCUUGUGGGCAGCAUCCCAAUCACCAUUAGUAAGCUUCAGAAUCUUGAGGACUUGACACUGCACUCCAAUAAACUUACUGGAAACAUUCCACCAGAGCUUAGCAAUUGCAUCGGCCUAAAAAAUAUCCUUUUGUUUGACAAUGAGCUAAGUGGAAAUCUUCCCGUUGAACUAGGAAAGCUUGCAUCUCUGGUAGUCCUAAGAGUUGGAGGGAACAAAGAAAUUGAUGGUAAAAUUCCUGACGAGUUGGGAGAUUGCCAGAAUUUGGUAGUGCUGGGUCUGGCUGAUACUAAAAUUUCUGGUUCUCUUCCUGCAUCUUUGGGCAUGCUAAGAAAUCUUCAAGUAUUGUCAGUUUAUACUACCAUGCUUUCAGGGGAAAUACCUUCGGAUAUAGGCAAUUGCUCAGAGCUAGUUGACUUGUAUUUGUAUGAGAACAAUUUAUCAGGUUCGCUUCCAGCAGAGCUGGGCAAGCUUCAGAAACUUCAGAAGAUGUUAUUGUGGCAAAACAAUCUAGUUGGGCAUAUUCCUGAUGAAAUUGGGAACUGCAGAAGUUUGUUGAUUGCUGAUUUUUCAUUGAACUCUUUCACUGGAAGCAUUCCUUGGUCAUUUGGGAACCUCACCAACCUGUUGGAGUUGAUGAUUAGUAACAACAAUAUUUCUGGUUCUAUUCCUCCUGUUCUUUCUAAUGCUACCAGUCUGACACAACUACAGCUAGAUACUAACCAGAUAUCCGGCUCGAUUCCAAUGGAGCUCGGAUUUUUGGCAGAGCUGAAUAUCUUCUUUGCUUGGCAGAACAAGCUUGAGGGAAGCAUUCCACCUGGAUUGGCUGGUUGCAGAAGUCUUCAAGCUCUGGAUUUGUCACACAAUUUUCUCACUGGUAGCUUACCCCCUGGCCUCUUUCAGCUGAAAAAUCUAACCAAGCUUCUCUUGAUUUCCAACGAUAUAUCAGGCUCUAUCCCUCACGAGACAGGUAAUUGUAGCUCACUUGUGCGAUUACGUCUCACUGAUAAUAAGAUCAGUGGACAAAUUCCAAGCGAAAUUGGGUUGCUGAGGAGUCUCACUUUUCUUGACCUUUCUAAUAAUAAUCUCAUUGGAUCAAUACCUGAUGAGAUUGGCAAUUGUCUAGCGUUGCAGAUGCUGAAUCUGAGAAACAAUACUCUUUCUGGCACUCUGCCAAGCUCUCUAUCUUCUCUAAGUAGACUUCAGGUCUUGGACGUUUCUCUGAACACUUUUUCUGGUCAGAUUUCUGGGAGUUAUAGCCAACUUACUUCCCUUAAUAGGCUUGUUUUAAGUAGAAAUUCUUUCUCGGGGUCAAUCCCCUCAACACUGGACCGCUUGACAAGCCUCCAAUUGCUUGAUCUAAGUGGCAACAAUCUCUCCGGCAAUAUCCCAAUGGAACUGUUUAAAAUUGAGUCCCUGGACAUUGCUUUGAAUUUGAGCUGGAAUACCUUGACAGGGGUAAUUCCACCUGAGAUAUCUGCUCUAAACAAACUCUCUGUGCUGGACCUGUCACACAAUAAACUUGAAGGAGAAUUGAUGGCUCUCUCCGGGCUAGAAAACCUAGUUUCCCUGAAUAUUUCUUACAACAACUUCACAGGUUAUCUUCCGGACAAUAAGUUGUUCAGACAGUUAUCAGCAACUGAACUGGCAGGGAACCAGGGCUUGUGUUCUUUGGGGCAUGAUUCUUGCUUCUUGAGCAGUGGACCAGGCAUGGGAAUGCCAAAGAACAAAGACGUUAGACGAUCCUGGAAACUGAAAACUGCAAUUGCUCUACUUGCUGUUUUAGCGGUGGCCUUGGCAGUUCUAGGUUUCUUUGCAGUUUUUCAUGUUCGAACUUUGAAGAGAAAAGAUAAUGAUUAUGAGUUGGGAGGAGGGGACAUUUCCCCUUGGCAAUUUAGUCCAUUCCAGAAAUUAAAUUUCACAGUGGAUCAAGUUCUGAAAUGCUUGGUGGAAUCCAACGUGAUUGGAAAGGGAUGUUCUGGAAUUGUUUAUCGUGCAGACCUGGAUAACGGUGAAGUUAUUGCAGUGAAGAAACUAUGGACAUCAACAAUGGCUGUAGGAUACAGCCGCAAAAAUGAUCAACUUGGAGCUAGUGGUGGGAUUCGCGAUUCUUUUUCCACCGAAGUAAAGACACUGGGUUCAAUUCGUCAUAAAAACAUUGUUAGAUUCUUGGGUUGCUGUUGGAAUCAGAAUACAAAGUUGCUGAUGUAUGAUUACAUGCCUAAUGGAAGCCUGGGAAGUCUCCUCCAUGAAAGAAGCAGUGGUUGCCUGGAAUGGGAACUGAGGUAUCAGAUCAUCCUAGGUGCAGCUCAAGGCUUGGCUUAUUUACACCACGAUUGUGUUCCACCAAUUGUUCACAGGGACAUCAAGGCAAAUAACAUUCUCAUUGGUCUUGAAUUUGAGCCCUACAUUGCUGAUUUCGGACUGGCAAAACUCGUUGAUGAUGAAGACUUUGCUCGUUCUUCCAAAACUGUUGCCGGUUCCUAUGGGUACAUUGCACCAGAAUAUGGUUACAUGAUGAAAAUCACGGAGAAAAGCGAUGUAUACAGCUAUGGAGUGGUAGUGUUAGAAAUUCUAACAGGAAAGCAACCAAUCGAUCCCACAAUACCAGACGGGCUACACAUUGUGGACUGGGUAAGACAAAAAAGGGCAGGUGCAGAGCUGUUGGAUCCCAGCUUACUUUCCAGGCCUGAAUCAGAAAUUGAAGAAAUGACUCAAAUUCUUGGAGUGGCUGUGCUUUGUGUAAAUCCAUCACCAGAUGAUAGGCCAACUAUGAAGGAUGUGGCAGCAAUGCUCAAAGAAAUAAAACAUGAGAAAGAGGAAUACAUGAAAGUUGACAUGCUGCUCAAAGAUUCACAGGCUAAUGAGCACAAGGGUACUGGAAAAGACAAUGAUAAGGUUUAUCAUGGAGGAGGGCCAUCAUCAACAACUAUGAACAGCUUGUACUUGGAAAGUCACAAUUCAAGCUUUACUGCAUCCUCAUUGCUGCAUUCUUCUUCCUCCAGUGGAAAAGUUGGUUUUAGAUGA